AUGCUCCAGGUAUAAAUGAACGUUCUGUGUCAGAAUUUGACACAUUUAGAGCUUCAUUCCGAACCCUGAGCAUCGGCUGGAAGACAUAACACAACAUGCGUGAGUGCAUUUCCGUCCAUGUUGGCCAAGCUGGAGCACAGAUUGGUAAUGCAUGCUGGGAGCUUUACUGUCUGGAGCACGGUAUCCAGCCGGAUGGACAGAUGCCCAGUGAUAAGACAAUAGGAGGAGGAGAUGAUUCCUUCAACACCUUCUUCAGUGAGACGGCUUCAGGCAAACAUGUUCCACGUGCCAUCUUUGUUGAUCUGGAACCCACUGUGAUUGAUGAAGUACGGACCGGCACCUACCGCCAGCUCUUUCACCCAGAACAACUCAUCACUGGAAAAGAGGACGCUGCAAAUAACUAUGCCAGGGGACAUUACACCAUCGGCAAGGAGAUCAUUGAUUCAGUUCUGGAUCGUAUUCGCAAACUGUGUGACCAGUGCACUGGCCUCCAAGGUUUCCUGGUGUUCCACAGCUUUGGUGGAGGCACUGGCUCUGGCUUCACCUCUCUGCUGAUGGAGCGUCUUUCUGUCGACUACGGCAAGAAGUCCAAGCUGGAGUUUGCCAUCUAUCCUGCUCCUCAAGUGUCCACAGCCGUGGUGGAGCCCUACAACUCCAUCCUGACCACCCACACCACCCUGGAGCACUCUGACUGUGCCUUCAUGGUGGACAAUGAAGCCAUCUAUGACAUCUGCCGUAAAAACCUGGACAUCGAGCGUCCGACGUACACCAACCUCAACAGGCUCAUCGGGCAGAUCGUGUCCUCCAUCACAGCCUCGCUGAGAUUUGACGGAGCUCUGAAUGUGGAUCUCACCGAGUUCCAAACCAACUUGGUGCCCUACCCACGCAUUCACUUCCCUCUGGCCACUUACGCUCCUGUGAUCUCUGCUGAAAAGGCGUAUCAUGAGCAGCUAUCUGUGGCUGACAUAACCAACGCCUGCUUUGAGCCGGCUAAUCAGAUGGUGAAGUGUGAUCCUCGUCAUGGGAAAUACAUGGCCUGCUGUCUUCUGUAUCGUGGAGAUGUGGUGCCCAAAGACGUCAACUCUGCCAUCGCUGCAAUUAAGACCAAACGCACCAUCCAGUUUGUUGACUGGUGUCCCACUGGAUUCAAAGUAGGUAUCAACUAUCAGCCUCCAACUGUGGUUCCCGGUGGAGAUCUGGCCAAAGUACAGAGAGCCGUCUGCAUGCUGACCAACACUACGGCUAUUGCUGAGGCCUGGGCUCGUCUAGACCACAAGUUUGACCUGAUGUACGCCAAGAGAGCUUUUGUGCACUGGUACGUGGGUGAAGGAAUGGAGGAAGGAGAGUUCUCAGAGGCCAGAGAAGAUAUGGCAGCUCUGGAGAAGGAUUAUGAAGAAGUGGGCACUGACAGCGUCGGAGAGGAUGAGGACGGUGUGGAAUUUUAAAUGCAGAUUGUUUGUAACCUCAGGGUAAUCUAAUAUUAAUUUUAUCUUCAACAUUUUAGUGUUUUUGGGAGCUUUAAAUUCUUUGGUAUCACUUUAUAAUGAGAUUCUAUCAGUUAACAUUAGUUAAUGCAAUAGCUAACAAAAUAUUAAUGAAUUAAUUAUGAAUUAAUUAACAUGCAUAUGAUAAGAUUUUUUUUAAAUAGUGUAAUAGCUUACAUCGUUAGUUCAUGAAAUGUUUAUGAUUUGUUCAUAAUAGCUAAUGUUAUUGCAUUAACUAAAUGUUCCUUAUUCUUUUUCUGUUUUUGUAUAUCUUACGCAAAAGUAAAAUCUAUAAAAGAAAAAUGAAAAUUAACUGUAAAAGCAAUAGUAGAAGUAAAAAGACUGGUGACGAGUUCUUUCAAAAAACUUGCUAUCUGCACUCCUUUCAUGAAACAGUAUACAGUUGGACAUGUUAUCUGUUUAAAAUCUGAAUGUAUUUGCACAUGCAAAUGUGAUAAAGGUCUACAUGCAAAACCAUUUCCAGGAAGACACCCUUCCCCCCACCGGUGUCUACGCAGCACAAAAAUGACCAACUGCUACAGCUGUUAUGCAUGAUUCAGCUGUUUGUACAUGUCACUGGGCAUCACUAUGAGAGGCUGGAUAAUGUCUCUGCUUUCAUUAUCACUGUAGCAAAGAAAUUAAAGUCCGAUGACAACUGGC